GAGAAACGCCUACCAGGCGGAAUGUUUUGGGGAUUUGUUGUUGUUGUGAGCGGUGCUAGGAAGUUUCUGAUACUCCGGCAAAUAAUUGUACGCAUUUUGACCGGAUGUUUUUUAAACCCCUAACGACCUGCUGUAUUUUCGUGACUUAAAAUCGUAUAAAGCGGAAUUUCAGCUCUGGAAAGCCCUGUUUGUAGCGGUUAAGUCUCAAAGCUAGCAACAAUGAAGCAGUAGCUAAUCAGAGUGGUGGCACUGCUGCUGAGCUCUGUGGACUCUCUGUGGACUCUCUGUGUUCAGGAUGGAUUGUAGUGCGCUGGAGGUGGACGCUGUGAAAUUUGCCAAAUCAGCGGUGAUACACGAUCAGAAAGGGAAAUACGAUGAAGCUAUUUUCUUUUACAGGGAGGCAGCCCAAGCUCUUAUCUACGCUGAUAUGGCUGGGUCCAAACUGGAAAACAUUCAGGGAAAGGUGAAUGAGUACCUGGACCGAGUACAGACCCUUCUUAAUGCUGUUCAAGCUCAGAGCAGUGACCCUUUAAAGACCAAGCAUCAGCUGGAUCUGGAGCGUUCAUAUUUUCUGGUAACUCAGGCUUUUGAGGAGGAUGAGAAUGGCACUGUUGAUGAAGCCAUUGAGCUGUACACUCAGGCUGUGGAACUGUGCAUACAAACAUCCAAUGAGACUACAGAUCAAGCGCUGCAGGGCAAACUGAAGCAGCUAGCUCGCCAGGCAUUGGACAGGGCAGAGGGACUAAAGAAUUCCCUUUCGAAAAACACACCUCAGGAACGGCCCAAUUCCCAUACUGUUAAAGCUCCUGUGAAGCAGUACCUACCCCUGGGUCCAGAUUUCUCCCUCCAUGACGAGCCACAGCCAAUGCGAGCAGUACAGUCUAGUGAGCCACAGGGCCAACGAUACACACAGGAGGAAAUAGAAGUACUCAGAAAGACUUCCAAGAUAAAUGGAAUUGAAUAUGUGCCCUUCAUGGCUGUUGACUUAAGGGAACGCUUUGCCUUUCCUGUUCCUUUCUCGGAUAAAUGUGGAAAGCUGGCCUUAGCUCCUAAACAAACGGCCAUCUUCAGUCGCUGGGUGCGACCUGAUGACAUUUGCAACAAUCCCACUAUGAUUUUCACCGUAUCCAGCUUCAGCAUCAAACAGACUGUAGUUUCAGAUUGUUCGUUUGUUGCCUCUUUGGCCAUCAGUGCAGCAUAUGAGAGACGCUUUGGCAAGAAGUUAAUCACGAGCAUCAUUUAUCCUCAGAAUAGAAGAGGUGAGCCAGAGUAUAACCCAUGUGGUAAAUACAUGGUGAAACUACACAUCAAUGGGGUCCCUAGAAAGGUAAUUAUUGAUGAUUUCCUCCCAGUGGACCGCAAUGGUGAGCUGCUCUGCUCCUACUCAAGUAACCGAAAUGAGUUGUGGGUUUCCCUUAUAGAGAAAGCCUACAUGAAGGUUAUGGGUGGAUAUGAUUUCCCUGGCUCCAACUCUAAUAUUGACCUGCAUGCACUGACAGGCUGGAUUCCAGAACGCAUUGCUAUGCACUCAGACAAUCAGUCCUUUAGUAAGGAUGACAGCUUUCGCAUGCUUUACCAAAGGUUUCACAAAGGAGAUGUCCUAAUCACAGUAGCGACUGGUGUAAUGACAGAGGAGGAAGGGGAGAGGUGGGGCUUAGUACCCACACAUGCCUAUGCUGUGUUAGACAUUCGGGAAUACAAGGGGAAGCGUUUCCUGCAGCUAAAGAAUCCUUGGAGCCAUCUUAGGUGGAAGGGCCGCUACAGUGAGCGUGAUGAAAAGAACUGGACACCAGAUCUACUGAAGUACCUCAAAUUUGACCCCAAAACUGCACAAAAAUUUGAUAAUGGUGUGUUCUGGAUCAUCUGGGAAGACUUAUGUCAAUACUAUGAUGUCAUCUACCUGAGCUGGAAUCCUGCUUUGUUCAGAGAGUCCUCCUGCAUACACAGUAGCUGGGAUGGAAAACAGGGUCCAGUGAAAGAUGUAUAUAGUUUGGCUAAUAACCCUCAGUACAAGCUAGAGGUGCAGUGUCCACAGGGUGGCGCUGCAGUGUGGGUGCUGCUAACAAGACACAUCACAGACAAGGAUGACUUUGCUCAAAACCGGGAGUUCAUCACUUUGGUGGUUUACAAGAAUGACGGCAGGAAGGUUUAUUAUCCAAGUGACCCUCCCCCUUAUAUUGAUGGCAUCAGAAUCAAUAGCCCACAUUACCUAACCAAGAUUAAACUGACCAGUCCAGGAACUAACACAUUUACACUGGUUGUGUCUCAAUACGAGAAGCAAAAUACCAUCAACUACACAUUAAGGGUCUACUCAGUGUGCAAGUUUAAUUUCUCCAAAAUUUCAUCACCGUUCUCCCACACAAAAAGGAUAAAUGGCCAGUGGAAAGGGAUCAGUGCAGGAGGCUGUGGCAACUAUAAGGACACCUACAAGCAUAACCCAAUCUACCAGUUCAACCUGGAAAAAUCUGGGCCACUGCUCAUUGAGCUCAGAGGCUCCAGGCAGUAUAGUGUGGGUUUCGAGGUCCUGACCGUGUCCACUGUAGGAGACACAGGGACUUCAGGUGCACAAAAAAGGGGCAGUGGAGAUUACAGGUGUGGUUUCUGCUAUAUGGAGCUGGACCAUGUCCCCGCAGGCAUCUACAAUGUCAUCCCCACCACUUUCCUGCCAAACCAAGAGGGCCCUUUUUUCCUUGAUUUUUUCAGUGCAACUCCUCUUCGAGUGUCUCAGCUUCAGUGACAACUCAGUAGACACUCUAAUAAGCUGUUACACCACAAAAGAUUGAGGAAUAAAGCCUUCACUAUAAUCAGUUUCCCACUCUUAUGGACAUGCCCAAUGUUCUCAUCAGUUGCUUUACUUGACACAGUAUGUAGUCAAACAGCUCAUCACAAACUGUUUACUUGGCAGCCUCUGGUUAGCCUGGCUCUUGUUGUCGGUGUACAAUGCUUUUAGUGAGCUAAUAACCAGUAAGACAAGUUUCAAAAUCAUGUACUAAAUUGGCUUGGGUUCAUAUGGGUACAUAUUUAUUUUUUAUUCCACUCAGGAGACUGCAAUAAACCAUUGAUGUAUGUUAAAACACAUAGCACUCAUCCAUUAGAAACUUAGCUGUGAUGGAACACUAUUUAAUUGUGUAAGAAGGUGAGUAUCAUAGCCCCAAUCUGUAUAUUAAAAUCGUGUUCACGUGAUUAAUUUGCUACGAUUUACAAAUUGUUUAUGCGAAGGAAAGGGUUUUCUACCUACUUGUGGUACUCAGCUUUAUUUUCUGAUCACACUGAAUCCAAAUUCAUAUGUACAGUUAUGUACUUUAUUACUGUAGAUGGUGAGAGCAUCUUAAUAUAAAGAAAGUAGAUAUUUUAUAUUUAAGAAAUGUUUUCCAUGUAAUUAUCGAAUUUGGUUGCAUCCUUCACAUGCUCUUAUUAUAGUUGAAGGAAUAAAAGGUUUAGGCUUACAUUAUUUUCAUCCUCUAAAAUCUGUGCAGGUUUGAUAUAGGUCUUGUAGAUAAAUACAUUUUGUUCACUAAA